AUGCCCUCCAAAAGUGCUUUCGUCGUUCUCGUUGACGCCUAUAUCACCGAAGAUCAAGCACCCUGGCGCUGGAAGCCUUGGCAAGAGCGAACUGGUGUUCACCACGGCCUGUUCCCUGACGACGACCGCUGUCUCCCCCCUGGCUGGACACGGCAGAACGCUAACGACGUGCAUUCCUUCUUGGAAUCAUACAGGCAGAUUCCGAAAUCGCAGACCAAGGAUCGGGAAGUUUUUCUCAAGAAGUCUCCACAUCCAGGGCGCGUGUUCUUUGAUAAAUAUAUCACCAAAGGCUGGGAUGGCUGGGGUAUCCAUGAUGUGGUAUGCGACGCAUUGCGAGACGAAUGCUGCCAUCCGUUUCAGCUAAUGCUUGACAACAACUCCUUGAAGGACUUUCCUGAGGUCGACCACUAUGCCCCAAAGGUCGUUGAUGCCAUUGCUAGGAAGCUAUUCGGGCACGAAGCCUUCCCUCGUGGCUCAAGUGUCCUUCGAAUAUCGUUAACCAAUUUGGGUCUGGUGAAAGCUUUCAUCGUACGAUCGUGGGUCCGCUUAAAGAAGAAGUGCAAGUCGGAUCAAACGAGAAUGGCAAGGUACAAGGAAGAGGCUCUAGCCGCGUUUGAGGACAUCAACUUCGAAGACCCUACAAGGGACCAGUUAGUGAAGACGAUCACUGCCAUAGCUCGGUGGAAGGCGCUAGCAGACAUAUACUCUAUUGACGAGUAUCUUGAGGGGUUGGAGAGCUCUAUGGAGAAGCUCAAUGAGUUGCUCGCAGACCUAGGCGUGAACGCUCCUCAACCAAACCAAGUGUCUGGUCGUCGGGCACCCAAGCGACAGCCAAAGAAAUCCUCUUCAUCAAAAUCUCCGGAUCAUCCCACCAAGUCCAUUCUCGCCUCCAAGGGGGCUCUGAACGAAGUAGCGAGCUACUAUCAGGGUUAG